AUGCCUGGAGGUGUUUGUGCUGUCCUCGACUAUGAGGUCGACCAGAUGGCAGAAUACGUUGCGGAGAUGGCCACGCGUCUGGUCAUGCCGCAGUCUCACGUCACAGCCCCUUUCCGGAAAUUCGUCUCUCAGAUCCUCACCUCUACCCGUCUUCCCAGUACCACCAUCCUUCUCGGCAUGAACUAUCUCGCCAAGCGAACGAACAUGCUGAGCGCUGCUGGUCCGCUCAAGACCACCGAGGGUCAGGUCUGGCGAAUGCUGACCAUUGCCUUGCUUCUCGGCAGCAAGUUCCUCGACGACAACACGUUCCAGAAUCGCUCAUGGUCUGAAGUGAGCGGCAUUCCUGUGCAGGAGCUUAACUCGUUGGAACACGAGUGGCUUGGUGCAAUCAACUGGUGCCUCUAUGUCAACCUGGAUAAGAGCAAGGAUUACAACGCGUGGCUCAACAGCUGGCAAGAGUGGCAGGAGAACAAGAAGAGACAACAGGCUCAGGCCAGCCGAGAGCGACUGGCCGCCCUCGUCCCACCAAUCGAGACCGACGUCCACUCACGCACGCAUCCUGCCUACUCUUCCUGGCAUCAGCAGCAGAUCGCGGAGUACGAGCGCCUUUCGAGCAUGAAGCGUAGCGAACAUGUUCAGCAGACAACCUAUCGACCUCAUGAGGCUGUGUGGAAUCAGUACCAGGCACCGGGAUGGGCAAGCGCAGCACCUCUGACGCCUCCUGACUCCGGAUAUGGUACGCCUGAGUACAUGAACUGUGCGACGUCUGCCAACACGCAGUACUACGGCGACUUCUUCAAUCGGGCUGCAAGCAACGGCAUCCACGCUCAACGAUCUGUGCGACAGAACCCUGGACAAGGCAUGUUCCAUCAUUCUGCUCGACAUGGUAAUUUCUCUGGCUACUACAACUACGGCUCGAGUAUCUGGGAACAUGGUAUCGCGGAUUGCAACUGCGCAAACUGCGUCGGACCAAUUCACGGGAAGCCUCAGCAGUACUUCCACAUGGCUCCUCAGGGUUAUGGGCAGCCGGUGAUGGGCUAA